AUGUACACUAGAAAAAAGUGUUUACAUAAACAAUUUAUUACAUCAAAAUAUAACAUUCAAUAUACAUCAACUAAAUUAACAUUAUAUAACUGGAUGAAUUCAAAAGAAAAUCAUUUAAGAGAUUUUGAUAUGACUGCGGGAGAGAUAAAUAGAUUAAACAAACUAGAAAGGAGAAAAUAUUCAACAACUCGUUUUAAGAAACACAGUGGCAAAAGAAAUACAACUCAAAAUCAAUGUAAUACAAAUAAGGUUUUGAAUAAAACAAUUCGACAACAGAAGGAUGUUCUGAUAGAUCGACCAGUUGAAACAAAAACGUGUAAUAAACAGAACUUGGGGAAACCUAUUAAAGGUUCUUCAGUGUUUAAUAGUUGUUUAUUCUAUUUGUAUUUAACACAGACUAUCCACUUAGAUUCUUGUCAUGUGAACCACUACAGGCAUGUUCACUGUUUCAAUUCACCGUUUGAAACAUCUGAGAAGAACAAACAUGUGACAAAUGUUGAUCAUGCAAAUCGAUCUUGUUUUUCAAAACGUUAUGAAAUGAGAAAAAAUGAAUGUUCAUUUGAAAAACUGAAAAAUCUAUGGAAACAACAAUUCGAUCAAUUUAUUCUGCCUGUUCCAACAAGACGUAAUACUGGUACAAAUAGAACUACAUAUACAGAAAAAUCUACUAUCACCAAUCAGAAAAAGGAAACCCUUGAAAUGUCUCCUCAAGUAAAGAACCCUUCAAACAAUCAAUCUGAAGAAAUCAGUCAACACUUAAGCCUAUCCAAAUCAUUUAGCUCCUUAUGCUCUUCGAAAUAUGAAGUUAGAAGCUAUCAAGAUUAUGGUGAAAACUUCCUAAAAAACUUUGAAGAUAAGUAUACAUUUAGUGAUUCAUCAAAUUUAACUGGAUCAACGAUUUACCUAUAUUGUUCAACAUGCAGUCAGAUUUUCUCAUGCAGAAACAUUGAUGAAUUAAAACAACUGAAUUUACUUGAAUCUAGCUCAUCUUUAUCUUCUUACAACUUGACCUCUGAGGACAAAGAUAUCGAAAGUGAGUUUGUUUUCGACGAAUCAUUUCCAUCAUACUGGGAAUAUAUGAACCCAUCAUAUGAAUGGAUCAAAUCUUCACGUCCUGUUUCUGCACCACCAAUAUUGACUUGUUCAUCAAAGAAAUCAGCAUAA